CGCCCCGCGGUGCACGCGCGCCGCGCUAGCCGCGGUGAACGCCGGUGGAGUGAUACCGCUACCCCGCCGCCGACAAGGUCGCCGUUACCCUCUUUGGAUACAGCGGCGCCGCGACCACCAUGUGCUGAUAUCGACGCCGGGCACGCCGGGUCGGGGUGAGGUCGCCGCGGUCGCCGUCCCAGGAUGGCUUCGGAGUCACGCUAUGGCCUGGACUACAUCGUCGAGAACCCGGAGUACACGCAGAAGCUUGCCGCAGCUCUCGACACGCCCAACGCGCUCGUCAAGAAGCAGGUGUUCGAGCUCCUGUCCGCGCUGUGCGUCUACAAUGGCGACGGCUACGCGCGCGCGCUCGACGCGCUGGAGCACUACAAGACACACAAGGGCCAGCGCUACCGCCUUCAGGGCAUCGUCGCCGAGCUGCAGGCGGCGUGCGCCUCGGGCGCCGUGGACUACCAGACGGCCCUGCUCGCCUUCAUCAACUGCCUCAUCAUCUCCACGCCCCAGCUGCAGGACCGGAUCCGCAUGCGCAAUGAGUUCAUCGGCCUCAAGCUGCUGUCCCUGCUGACUGAGCUGCGAAAGACCGCCCCGUCCGCGCCGGACCUUGGGGUCCAGCUUGACGUGUUCGAUGAGCAGCGUGAGAGCGACGAGGCCAGCAUCCUGCACGCCCCGCACGGCGUGGGCGUGGACCUCAACUCGCACCUGGACGUUUUCUACGCCAUUCUCAGACAGGUUGCAGACACACCUCAAGAAAUUCCAUUUUUAAGCAUUCUUCAACACCUUUUGAGUGUUGAUCCGAAGGAAGCAGUGAGUGACAUAAUUUGGGACACAGCUGAAACCCUUGUACAUCGAGCUACCCUUCUCGACAACCGACAGGAUGCAUCUAAACUUCUCAGAUCACCAUCUUUACAAUCAAAACUAUGCUCACAUUGCAACUGCCAUCCACACCGAACACCUGACAAGGAAAAGGACUCGUCAUGUGGCAGUCGCAAGCAGUCGCUUAUCUCUGCCUCUGGAGUGGGAAUACCUCCACCUCCACCUCCCCCGACAAAUGGGGCGGCUACACCUCCACCACCUCCAUUUCCUCCGGCUGUCCCUGCACCUCCCUGUCCUCCUGCGGCUCCUCCUCAACCCAGCAGGAAUGGGGCUCCACCACCCCCAUGCCCUCCUCCUCCGGUCGCUCAGGAAAUGUCAAGGUCCACACCAAGUGGUUCCAGCCCUGAACCGCCUGACUCUAGUAAUCAACGACUCCUUCCUCAACAAGAGAUUCCAACACCAAAAGCAAAAAUGAAGACUAUUAAUUGGAAUAAAAUCCCAAAUAACAAGGUUGUUGGUAAACACAAUGUGUGGGCUCUGGUGGCACGCUCCCAUCAGGGUUCGCCGAUGGCAGAGCUGGACUGGGCGGAAAUGGAGGGCCUGUUCUGUCAGCAAGCACCCCCAGUCCCCACAGCUACUGUACCUUAUAGAGCAGCACGAGAAACUCCUGAUUCUGAUAGGAGAAGGAAAGAGUCAUCUGAGAUUGUAUUACUGGAUGGAAAGCGUAGUUUAAAUGUAAAUAUUUUUCUCAAACAAUUCCGCAGUUCCAAUGAAGAUAUUAUUCAGCUCAUUCGAGAUGGUGCUCAUGAUGACAUUGGUGCAGAAAAGCUUCGAGGAUUAUUAAAAAUUUUACCUGAGGUAGAUGAGCUAGAAAUGUUAAGAGCAUUUGAUGGCGAUGCCAGCAAGCUAGGAAAUGCAGAAAAAUUCUUGCUUCAACUUAUUAAAGUACCCAAUUACAAGCUAAGAAUUGAAAGCAUGCUGUUGAAAGAAGAAUUCGCUUCUAACAUGAGUUAUUUAGAGCCGAGUAUCAAUUCAAUGAUUGUUGCUGGAGAAGAUCUAAUGACUAAUAAGCCAUUGCAAGAAGUCUUAUACAUGGUGGUUCGAGUGGGGAAUUUCCUAAAUUCUGGUGGAUAUGCAGGUAACGCAGCCGGUGUCAAACUGAGCUCAUUGCAGAAGCUUACAGAUAUCCGUGCUAACAAACCAGGAAUGCAUCUGAUUCAUUAUGUUGCUAUGCAAGCUGAAAAGAAAAGAAAAGAUCUUUUACGAUUCACAGAUGACUUAACAGCUCUAGAAGAUGCCACAAAAACUACAGUAGAACAGAUACAAAAUGAUAUUAAUGCUCUUGAUGUGAGGAUAAAAAAAAUAAAAAAACAAGUUGAACUGCAAAGCACAGAUAGUGACAUUAAAAGUCAGAUGGCUGAGUUCCUUCAGAUGGCUGAGCGUGAAGUUCUUGGCCUGCAAAAGGAUAUGGAAGAACUUGAAUCCUUAAGACGUAGUCUUGCUGAUUUCUUUUGUGAAGAUGUUGCAUCCUUUAAGUUGGAGGAGUGCCUCAGAAUAUUCCAAGGUUUCUGUGUGAAAUUCCGCCAAGCUGUUGUUGAAAAUGAACGACGCAGAAUUCAGGAGGAGCAAGCUACUGCAAGACGUAGACAGAGAGAGGAACAAUUAGCUGCCAAGAGAAGACACUUGAGUGGUCAUCUAGGUUCAGGAUCAACAGAAUCUGAAAGCCAGCUCGUAGACAACCUUCUAUAUGAUAUCAGAUCAGGCUUUCAACAGAAGAAGGGGCUGGAAAGGGAUUUGAAAGUUCGUAGCAUGGCCUCAGAAGAAGAAGUAUCUAUUCCAGGCUCCCCAAUGAUGCAACGACGACGACUAGGCUCUUUCUCUGGCCAAUCACCAGACCAGCCACCAGGAAGUGGCAAAGAUGAUACUUAUUCCCCUGAUGUUACUCCUACUGGUAGUCUCAGAAGGAGGAGGAGUCGUGUUCCCUCUGAAGAAGACGACUCAAACUUGAUGGAUUUCUUGCGAGCAUCAGGGCAAGAUGCGUCAAGGGAAAGAAAAUCGUGGGGUAGUUUAGAUCGUUCAUGGGCACGAAGAGCCCGUGGUGGUAGUGGUCGUCGUCGGCCAGAGCUUUUGAGUGCAGAUUUCGGUGGAGAUCGUGAAAGACCAACUUCUCCGACUCCAACUCCAACUCCCCAAUUACCUCCCCUUGAGCAGGAAGAAAAACCAAGGGCUUGGCGACAAAAAAUUGAAGCUUGGCUUCAAGAAAAUGAGAAAGAGGAGAGGGAUUCAGAGGACUUACGCCGACGUUCCAGACGUUUGCAGAAUAAUCGUCGUUCCUUAGAAGCAGAUUCUGAGAGUGAUGGCCGUAGUGGUGGAUUAGACACACUCCCUGAGGGAAAGCUUGCCGACAGUCAAUCCCCAUCACCUCAAACAGCUCCCAGUUCUACAUCCCAGUUUGGUCCUGGUGUUCAAGAAUCUCUAUCAAAUCCUCAAUACAAACGUGUUUAUCCCGAUUGGAAGCCAACAAUUGACAAAACUGAUGUUGUAGGAACCAUGGAAGCCAUUGCCGAAGCACAACCUCCUUUAAAAGAUAAAUCUUCAUGGCGGAAAUCAAAUCUCAAUGUUCCAAACACAUCCGAGGAAACUGAGUUAGAAGUUAGAAGACUACGAAGGAUGAGGUCAAGAGGAAAUAUGGAUUCUUCAUCAACAUCAAAUACCUUACAAGCUAUUAAAGAAGAGGUGAAACGUAAGAAUGUACCCACUGUAACUGAACCAGAACCUACAUUAUUGGAUAAGUCAAAACUUAGAGUAGAUAGCGGUGUAGUAAGUGCUCCAGGCAGUCCUCUUCUUUCAAGGUCUCAAAUACUCAACAAGUAUCGGAAUACUGUUGAUGUUACUGAGGACUUUUUCAAGUCAUUGGUUGGUCGAAAUGAUGAGAAGGAAAGAGAUAAGGAUGAUGACCAGCUACCACCAUCUGUGCCGAGACGUUUACGAAAGCCGCCAUCUGGCGAAAAUGACAUUGUCAGUGAUCGUAUUGAAAUUGACUCUGACAACAUUGAGACACCUCCAGCUACUCGUAAAGUGUUUUACGGCUUGCAACAGCAUAACAGGCGGCAGACACCUCGUCGCAGUGCAAGUAAAGAGCGUGUUUUGAGUGCAGAAUCAUUCACUAAAAUGAUAAGCCCUGAUGGACAAAUUAAAGGUCAAGAUGAAGAGGAGAUGGGAGAUGGACAGUUUGAGCGAUUUUCCUCCGCCCGGCGCACAAGGCGCUACAAGAAGAGUCAGGACUCUGACAAAGAGGAUCAACCACCAUUACGGAGAGAGGAUAGUUGUGAUGAAGCACAGUCAAAAUUAGAGACAUCCUCAUCACAGCUCAUCCCUGAGAAACAAAUCUUGCGACCCAAUACACAGCAGGCCCAUUCAUCUGUCAUCAGUGCAGCACAGGAACUCACUCAUCCGCUUACAGAGGAAUCUCAAAAGCGUCUGAAGAAAUGGCAAGACCGUCUUAAUCACAGACCUAGCCCCGAAAAAGAGACAGGAAGAGAUAAAGUAGCUGAUGAUUCAGAUGGUGUCACACAGGAGGCCCUGGCUGACAUUUCCAAAUCUAGUAAGGAACUUCAGAAUUUAGAUGUAACAUCAAGAGCAGGAAGGUCUAGUUCUCGGUUUCUUACUGGCAUAGAUCGCAAUGAUGUUUUACUAGCCCUUCGUAAUCGGCCUAAUGAAUCCAAAGUCACUCCACGUGAUAGAGUUCGCAGUAUGAUUGAACCUAGUCAAGUUCAUGAAGCCUUGAAACAGUCUCGUGGUGGGGGCGAGUUAACUCCCACUGUUCCUAGAGUUCCAAAAGGCCCAUCAGCUUGCAGUCAGUACUUACUUCAUGGCUCACCUGCUGUCCAUACUGCAAAAACGCGUCAAAGUAAUGAAUUAAUUCCUGAAAUUCGUGUCCAAGCUUCAACUCCCGCUGGGCAUGGUAAGUUAAGAUCGGAACAUGAUUUGUUGGAUGAGGGCUUUGAAGAAACACAAAGUCUAGUUUCAGAAACUCCCAGUCAGGGAACAUCCUCUGAUGUUGUUGAUUCACCAGCUCGUAAGAAAACUGCUCCUUUGACCAGAGCUGACAGCAGUGGAAGUGGUGAAACAAGUAGCAGCACCAAUCUGGCUACUCAGGCUUCAAUGAACGGUUUGUCAUCAAUGCCUGUGAAACUACCAGAGAAUAGUGACAUAAGCACUGUUCGACAGAAACUUGAGAGAAGCAACUCUGUGAAAGCUGCAUUUGGAUCUCGAGCAGAAACAGGACGUAGCGGUAGCACAGUUGUGCCAAGACGUUCUCCUAGUUUAAGACAGGGGAAUCCACAGAAUUCUCAACCUAUCUCGACCAGGCAAAAUAAUCGCAAUUCUAGUGUAGAACGGUCGAACUCUAGAUCAAGUUUGAGAGGCUCACGCACGUCCCUCAUUGCUGACAAUCACUGUGGAUCACCAUUGAAGAAACCAACAGUUGAAAGAUCAAACUCUAGAACCAGCCUACGUAGUUCCCGUAGUUCACUUGCAAGUGCAACAUCUGUAAAUACAGUACGAAAUAUUACAUCUCCUGUGCCCAAGUCUUCAAGUCACUCUAAUGGAGGUAGACUUACUGGAUAUACCUCAGCAAUUAAGUCUCUCACUUCAAAUUUGCGUAGAUCUAAUCCAGAUUCUAAUAAUUCCACGAGUAAAGAUCUGAACAAAGUUGGCCUCAAUCGCUUGUCAUCCACUACCAAGAGACCAUUAGCUCCUGUUCAGCUAAAAGAUCCUAAAACUGCUGUCCCUGCAAGUAGGAGCAGCAGCAGUGGUAGUAGUAUUGGUGCAACUAUUCAACGUCCAAGAGUGACAUCAGGUCUUGGUACUAGUUUCAAGGAAAACUCUCGCUCUGGUAUACCUGCAAGUCGUAGCAGUAGCAGUGGCAGUAGUGUGGGAACGUCCCCCAAGAGAGUGUCAACACUCAAUAAAGUGACUUUAAAACCUGUAUCAACAAGUGGUUUACGUUUCAUGAGACCCACUGCUGCAAGUGUGGCUAAGGACAUCCCAGGUAAUGUAACCAAACCUCGCCCAGGAUUACGGUCUGUAUUUAAAUGAUCAUCAUGCCUGGUUCAAGAUUUUAACAAUUGCAACAAGUUUUGGACAGUCUUGUGAGCACCUACAAUUUUUGUGGUCUUUGUCUUCAAUAAACUCUCAGGAUUAUGUUCAUUUUGGAAGUAUUGCAGUUGAAAUCCAAUCUUUUGGAGAGACAAGCGUUGGUUGGAAUUAAAAUUGAAUUGUGAGUCUUCAAAAUCAGUACUUUUGAAAUUUUGUGUUGCAAAUAAUGCUAGGUUUUUCCUACAGCUUCAACAAUUGUUAUUCACAUAUUUCAUUAAAUGUCUGACUCAAAUUUAGAACACUUUAAAAUCUAUCAUCAGUUUUCAUUGCCUUUCAAGUUGUUAACAAAACGGUACCUUAGUUGUGUUUGCCAAUCACCUAAGGAAGUGAUUUUUUAUUGUCAAAUUAGGAAAUUAUUUGAUUUUACUAUCUUCCCAUAGUUAAAUUGAUUACUUUUCAAAGAAUGCCCACCGUUUUGCUCAUUUAUGAUAGGAUUUAAAUUUUUUAAUUACAUAUCUAUGCUCCUAAAUUAUGUUAUUUUUCAUUGAAUGUAGAUGAAGUAUGUUAGGGGUCAAAGAAAGUUCUUAUUCUAGUCUCAUGUCAUACUAUGUACCUGCAAAUAGACAAUUGCUUUAGUUUUCACACGCUCAUAUUCAUUAAUUGCAGCCAUGCUUUGUCUCUCUCAUUGUUGGAUCAUUUACUUUCUGGGAAGCAAAACCCACAUGUUAAACUGUUCCAAGUUUACAUUUUUUCCUUUCUUUUCUCUCUCUUUUUUUUUUUUUUAAAAAAUUUAACCAUUUUGUUUUGUAACAGAACUAGUUGUAAGGCUGGGGUUGGAUCCUUCACAUAAUUUAAGACAAAUUAGGUAUUGUCAGAAAUGUUAGAGUUAUGCCUGCUAACAUAAUACAUUCUUCAAUUAAAUCUAGGACUCAUAUUGUACACUUGUUAACAAAAAUAGUGUAUUAGUUAAGUUUGGUUUGCCCAAGUAGCUGGACUAAUUAAAUUCUGAUUAGACAGUCUUAAGACUAUUCAAUUGCUGCAACAUAACACGUCAGUUGUACAGAUUUUCUUGAGUUCCCUUUUAUAGAUACUGAGCAGAUAACACCAGUCAUCGAAGCAAUAUGCUUCGUCAACAGGCUUCAAUAAUAUUAUACCAAACCAAUAUGUAGAUAUAAGGAUAAGAUAUGAAUGUUGUAACUUUUGUUUACUCAAGAUUGCAACUAAUUUAUGCCUUAAGUUAAAUUUUUAUCAAUACGGUUACAGAAUGUAUUACAAUUUUCAUAAUCAAAGGAGUUUUUGUGAAAGGUGAUUUGGAAAUUGGAUUUGCAAUACAAAUGCCUUGGAUAUGGUGUAGCUUCAUUGGGUCACAUUGGAGAGGCUUUGAAAAGAAAUGUGUUUUUUUUUUGUUGUUUUUUUUUUAGGGGGGUGAGCUGAUCUUUUGUAUGUAUGUUAUCAGGGAAUUAUUACCAAUGAUUAAUUCAUGACAUAGUUAGUUCAAGUUACCUUGCAGAUGUUAAAUUUCUUCUUUUCUCAGCAAGUUAAGUGUGUGAACAUAGUGAUGAUUUUUUAUCUUAAAUGGUAUGGUAGUUAUCUUUUCUGUGGUAAAUUAGGACUUCAUGACUCAAUGACCUAGGGUUUUCUUUUGAUUCCUUAAUGAAUGUAUAUUUCUGCUCUCCUAGACUUUUGAGAUUGACUAUCCUAAAGAAGUGUCCGAAGUUAGAUAAAAUAAGAUGAGGAUAGAUCGAAACUAGCUGAAUACAAAACAAGCCUUUUCAUUUGAAGUUAAUUUAUACUGUGAGUUAAGGUUACAGUGUAUAUAUGUAGAUCUAGUCACAUCCAUUUCUUUCUUCCCUAUUUAGAAAGACCGUGCAAGUUGUGCUAUCUUUCAUCUCUGUCCUAUGUGAAAUGCCUAUUACUUCUCCCUACACCUCUACUUUUAUUGUUGUUCUUUCCUAUGUUACCAGGCUUCAAUACCUUGAAUCUUGGUAGAAAUGUGUGGGCCAGAAACAUGAUGUGCUUGUGAUCCCUUCUUAAGCUUACCCAAAUCAUUCGAUUUGACUUUAGUCUGGCUCAGAAACAGGUGUUCUGAUGCUUGUACAAUCUUUGUAAUUUUGUAUUGCUUAUGUUGAUUCUACGACUGAAAAGGAAAUAAAUAAUUUAACUAA